GUUUCGCUAUGGCUAUGGUCCAAAAUAUUUCUAUACAAGUGUGUUGCACUGAUUCCAUGGUAGAAACAAGCAGUGUACAGAAUUAAGUAGAAGUGUUUGUCUACAUGGUUUGGGAUGCUGACCCAGUGGCGUAAUGCAUUUCCGAUUCGGUCGGGUCUCGACCCUGAACCCCAUAGUCAAGGGUUUUACAUUGGUUUUGGUGAUUUUGACAGAGGUGAAUAUGAACGAAUUAGGCAAUCUGGAAGAGAAAGAUUACUAGACCUUUCACGUCCCAAAGAAAUAAAAAUAGGAUACUUCACAAAUGUCGGCCCUAAUGUUAUGUGGGGGACCCAGGAAAUGCUUUGGCCUGUCAACCCAAACAUUCAGAAGGCCAAUGAUAGAGUAGAACAGCUGGCUACACCUAAAAAAGACUUCUCCACGACCGAGUCUAAGGGCAGACCCCUGUUCUACUACAGCUGUGGGAGGCCCUCAAUGAUAUGGGAAGCACCUCCCAAAAAUCUGCCAGAGGCCUCACAGAGGGUGCAGCAACUAGCUGAAGCAAAACCAUUCCAUCCUAAUUACAAAGAAGACAGGGAUAUACUUGGACCAGACGAUAUUCUGAAACUAUUCCCAAAAAGCCAGUUUUUCUACAGCUGUGGCAGAGAAAGUCCAAUAUGGACUGUCACAAAGGGGGCUAAGUCUGCUGGAGAGAGACCCCGUACGAACCAGCUAGCAGCCCAUAGACCACCAGUUAAGGAAUUCCAACCAGCUCGACAAAUAGAAACUAUUAUACCUGGCCCUGCCCUCACUGCUUCUGCCUCGGAGCGGCUACAAGCACUAGCCACACCCAAGAACCGCUCGGAGGGACCCUUCAGACCUCCUCAAUGGCCGGUUCUUCCUGCUGCAAAGAAUGCUAGUGCUAAAGCUAGGAGUGUUGAGCUUGCCAGACCUAGAGGAACUACAGAUGGAUACAUGCUACCGAAAGAUGAGAUUUGGCCUAUUUCUAGGGCUGCCAAACGCGCCACGGCAUCAGGUCGUGUUAACGAAUUAUCAAAACCAGUGGUUCGAGCAUCAAUGGAUCACGUGCAAUUUAAUCCUGAAGCUUUCAUAGUAAAAGAAACUGCUCUUAAAGGAGUGAUUCCAAAGAGAGUGUUUGACUUAGCUAAUCCAAUAACUAGAUAAAUGCUAAUAUUUUUUAAGUUAUUGAAUUACAAUUAAGAAAAAAUUACCAGUCAGUAUUAUAAAAUAUUCAGGUUGUUGGGUUUUCUGUUAAAUGUUGCAUGUGAGACUUUCAUGAACAAAAAAAUAACACCGAAGUUGGUCUAAAAAGAAUUUAUGAAAAAUUAUUACAAUUCAAAAUUAUCUCUGGAGGGAAGGUGUAAUUUAAAUCUUUAAAUUUCAACUUGAGAAGGGCUCCAUGGUUUUUUUUUUUUCUUUAAAAGAUAACAGUACUAUCUUGUAUAUUAAGCAAACUUUUAUAAAGUUUGAUUUUUCCUUCAUAUAGCUCUGGCUCGUUUAUCAGUAUUCAUUACUUAUACUGUUUAAUUAUAUCUGCUUUAAUUACCAACAGUAUUUCCGAUUUUGUGCUAUUUUAAGUUAUACAUGUAUCAAGAAGACUUUGUUUUGUUGUGUUCAGUGUCUCAUUCAGUAUUAAAGUUCAUAUUUUGUCUUUGUUUAUCUGUUCUUUUCUAUUAUAAGAAAUAUAUAAUAAUAUACAUGUAUAUGAUGAUGUUUCAGAGGGAAAAAAAAAGUACAGGUAUUGUUACUUCAUUUGUGGAAUUUGCUCUCCCUCUAAUGAAAUUUUGUUUCUAUCAAUCCUCUCAAGUGACAAAAUCACUCAAACAUCUGAAUACCUUUCUUUUUUUGUGUCUCUGUGUACAUUAAUGUUGGAAAUAAAU